AUGGAUAACAUUAAGAUCUUUCAAAACCAAGGUACCAUGUUCAGUAUAGAAUUAAAUUGUAUUAAUGGCUGUUGCUACAUAUGGAACUCUGAAAAGGCUGUGAAGCAUGUAAGGGGCUCAGUUAAUGUUAUGUUAACUUCAGCAAUAGUGCUUAGUGGCAUAAUGUUUGCCAAAUUCCAACAAAUGGCACCAUUACUUAAUCUGAAAUCAAUAAGUAGUGGCACAUUUUACAACUUAAGGAACAAUUACAUCAUACCGUCUAUUGAUAAUGAGUGGAAGAAAGAACAUUCUGCAUUGAUAAAUUCCUUAAAUGCAAGAGAAGAAUCUCUAAUGCUUGCUGGUGAUGGAAGGUGUGAUUCUCCUGGACAUAGUGCCAAGUAUGGUACAUAUACCUUUCUUGACACAGACUCUGACAUCGAAGUUGUUCAGGUUAUGGAUGUCAAAAACUCUAACGCAAUGGAAAAAGAAGGAUUUAUCAAGACUCUAACAAGAAUUGAAAAUGACUAUAAAUGUGAAGUGUAUGGAAUUUCAACAGAUCGCCAUACUCAAAUCAAGAAGUACAUGAGAGAAUCCCAUAAAGACAAGAUCCACCAAAUUGACCCCAUCAAUUCAGCAGCAAAGAAAAAGAAUUGUACUGACCUUGUGGACUGGAGGCCUUCUAUAAUUAACCAUUUCUGGUGGUCUGUUGAUUCAUGUGAAGAGGAUCCUGACAACUUAGUUGAAAGAUUCACUUCAGUUAUUCAUCACAUUGUAAACCGACACCGUUGGCCAGGCUGUAAGAUUUAUAAAAAGUGCGAACAUGGUYGACWGUCUCCAGAAGAAGAACGAAAGAAGAAAUGGAUGAMGGCAGGCUCACCUUCACACAAAGCUCUGGWGAAAAUUGUUAAAAACAAGAGGAUUUUGAAUGACUUGAGACAGUGCUACUAUGGUGUGACCACAACAAUGCUUGAAGUCUACCACUCACUUUACCUSAAAUAUCUCCCUAAAAUACAGCAUUUUAGCCAUGAAAUGAUGAUUGCAGGAACACAACUUGCUGCCCUGGAUCACAACAAAAAUGUGGAAAGAAACCAGGCAGUCAUUGAAAAGGGUGAGCGAGAGGGAGAGGCAAGAUACAAGAUUAAAUGGAGSAAGGUCACAAAGAAAUUCACAGCCCAACCUGUAUUGGAGAAGAAGAACUACUCUUAUUUGCAUGACAUCAUGGUAGACGCACUUGCAAGGGCAGAAAAAGAGAAAAACAGGCUAGCAGCAACCACGCACGGUCUAUGGCACCACAGCGAUAUGAAGAGCAAAAUACUAUCAUUGAAAACACAAUGAAAU